UUCCCACCCCUCUCGCCUUUUUUUCUUCUUUUAUCUACUAACCGAACAGUCUAUUUAAAUAUUCUUCACCCAGAUGGGUCAAGAAGCGACUCAUUCCUCUGACGAGGGGCUCCCUGACGAGUCCCCCGACCAUCUCAGAUUCAAGGAAAAGAAACACCAUAAGACAUCCUCGAAAAGCUCCAAAAAAGAAAAGUCCCAUGCGAAAUCGACAGACGAGUCGUCAGCGAAGCGGAAACGCAAAUCCCUUGAUCAUGAUAAGAAUUCUGUCGCGCCGGAGUCCACUUCAUCACCAUCUCGCGACGAGCAGAGCUCCCGCCCCCAGAAGCGCAAGAAGACUCGUGAGGAGGACGGUUCGGAAAUAGAGACGCCCAAAUCCAACGGUCGCAAGACCGAUAAUGCUGCGAAUGCCUCCGCGAAACAUGCGGGCAAGCCGCAGGUGGCACGCACCUCUGAAGACGAGGUGAAUAUGCCCCCCAAGUCUGAUGAGAGCUCGGAGGACGAACAAGAGAAAACCGCAUCGUCUGGCUCACCAGCCCCGGAAAACGUCCGAUCGAGGUUAGCAGGAUCCAAAGCGCCCAAGCGCUAUUCUGAAACUGGGCGGGUGGUAGGACACUUUCAUGCGGAAGAAGUUCAGCAGAUCGAAAAGUACAAGAUAGACUUCUGCAACAGUUAUGGAAUCACCGGGGCGGAAUUCGACGAUAUGAUCCAGCACGCGGUACGCGAGAAGGAGCAGCCGUUCCCAAAUGCUCACCUGGUGCCGAAGCUGGAAUUCUGGAAGUCUAUCUAUGAGGUUCUCCCGAACAGAGACCGGCGAUCAGUUUACCGCUUCAUGAGGCGGCAUUUCCAGUCGUCGAUGCAGAAGCCUCAUCAAUGGACGCAUGAACAGGAUGACGAGCUCGUCGAACUUUACGAGGAACACGGCCCCAAGUUCGCCUACAUCGCAGGCAUACUCGGUCGAAAUGACGACGAUGUAGUGCAGCGGUGGAAGAACCGGCUGCAGCAUCGAAGCACCAUGAACAGAGGAUCUUGGACCGAUGACGAAGUCACCCAAUUACGCGAUGCUAUACAAGAAUCCUGGCUAUCGCUGAAACAAAUGGGUACUGAUGUUGGUUCGGACAUCUAUGAGAUGAACGAGAAAAUGAUCUCCUGGGGAUUGGUCAGUAACAAACUCAAAAAUCGUCGCUCGAGACAACAAUGUGGGGAUAAAUGGCGCAAACUCAGGCGCAAGAUUCUACUUGAACGCGGACUGGAGCCUGCAGGUCCUCAUGGAGCUAUCAAAGAGAUCCAGCGCAAUGCGUCUCAGGAUCCAAAUGACAAGGAUUCUCGAAAAUACCUGAGCAAGGCAUACGUGAACUCCGACGACGAAGACGAUGAUGAUAUGGACGAGAGCCCUAGUGACGACAAGGCUAAACCGAGCCAUUCAGACAGUGAUGAACGCGAAACUCCCAUUCAAAACGGAACGAAGACUCCUGUGACUUCUGAUAUAUCCAAGUCACAGUCAAAGGCCGAUUCUGAUGCGGACUCGGGCUCCGAGACUGGUGAAUCAAGCUCUGGGGCAGAGUCGGAAAGCGGCAAUUCGAGUUCGGAUUCAGAUGAAGAAUCAGAUGAGGAUGAGGAGAGUCAUACAAGCAUGGAGCCCAACACACUGCAGUCUACAAAACAUAAACAAUUGGACGGGCCAAAAACACAGCUUAGCAAGCCUUCAGCAGACAUUAAAUCCAAAAUGGCCGGAAAUCACUCGCAGGGAGACAACAAACAGGAGAAGCCUACGGGGAAGAAUCUUAAUGCCGCAACUGCCCCCAAUAAGCACAAUCAUGCUCCACAGGACAGGAAGAGCUCCUCUAAAUCGUCUUCUGAAAGCGAGGACGAUGAAAGCGAAGACGAUGACUCCGAUUCUUCUGCUCGCAGUCAAGGACCAGCCCAAAACAAGUCACAGGGCGCAGAGGCCAAGCCCCAGCCCCAGCCCCAGCCAUCUGUUCAAAAGACCGGCACAGGAGCAAGCGCUGAUCAAAAGACAAACCACGCCCCUAGCGACGAAAGCGAAAGCGAAAGCGAGGACGAUAGUGAUAUGGAUUCACUGUUCCCACCCAAACCUGAGCCAGCGAAGCCUACGAAACCACCAACCCAGCAAGAAGCGAACCCCAAGCCUCAGCUAUCCCUACUGAAGCGGCUGAAAGAAAAUAUCAAGCCCCAAAAGCCAAGCCCAUUCACCAAGCCCCCAGCGCCGGCAAAGGAUUCUUCAUCUUCAUCUGAGGACACCGAGAGUGAUAGCGACAGCGACAGCUCCAGUGACAGCUCUAGCGAUGAUGAAUCAGAGAAGCCUACCAAGAAGCCUUCUCCUGUUCGAACAAACGCGCCUCCCCAAACCGCGCCUCCUAAGAAACCUGCUCCUGGCUUAGGAAACGGAACGACAGCCAAACCUACCAGCUCUUCUAUGCCCCAAUCGGCACCCUCGUCUGACAGCGACAGCGAGAGUGAUAGCGCCAGCUCAAACGAUGACGACCUCGCUAAGCCUGUGAAAAAGAAUUCACCCCCCAGGGAGACACAAAGACCCCAGAAGUCUUCUCUCAAGCAGCUCAAAGAGCAAUUCGCAUCACCCCAGGUUCCCAAGCCUCCAAGCAAGCCUGCUCCAAAACCCGCCUCAGACGACAGCGACAGCGAGGACGACGAUAAGAGCAGCAGCUCUUCCUCCUCCGACGAGAGCGAAAGCGAGCAGGAGGCUAAGCCAACCAGUGCGCAGAAACCGGCGCCCACAGAACAAGUCCCCACGAUCAAACCUCGGCCCUCCGACUCUGAUUCCGAAUCCAACUCUGGCUCUGGUUCUGAAUCUGAAUCGCCAUCCAAACGGCCAGACCACGCCGCUAAGAGAAAGCGCCCCUCGACGUCCUCGGCGUCAACCUCGGCGCGUCCAUCCGCCGUUCGCAAUAUCAAAUUCGAACCCGAAUCAAGCGACUCGGAUGCCAGACCGCAAGUCAAGAAGACAAAGAUUAAGAAAGAGCAGAGGUCAAGCGAUAGUGAUAGCGAUUAAGAUAGCUCUUAUAUAGGAGGGUUCAUAGAGGAGUAAUCAUGGGCUGCUAUUGAAUUGCUUAUUUACUACGAAUAAUGAUUGAUUUCUUUUUGUUGCUGUGAGAGGCAGGUUCCAUCUUUUGCUGUAUUUGAG